UACCGAUAUACUUAAUCUAUGUUAGUAAGGUGGUUGAGACGAUUUAAGCACAUCUUGGCAUUGCAGAGACUAAUUUCUAUACUAAUGUUUAGUGACAUGACAACAUUCUCUCUCCUUAGUCCUUAAGCAUAUAACCACCUUGCAUUAUACUGUUUUUUUUUUUGGUCUCAAUGUCUCUUUCUUUCUGCUGGUUGGGAUGCAUUGGUAGUUUCAAUCUAAAGAAAAGCAGUAUCGUUUUGGGCUGUCCAUCUACAACUGCAAAAUGGGCAACCUAUGUUGGCCCACUCACAAGCCCAACCAAGACGCCAGGCCGCUCCAGAAAACGGGCCUGCAACUCUGCCAAGCCACCCAAAAUCCCGCAAAAAAUCCGCAAUCUUCUCCGUCUCCGCGCGGCGCUGCCCAUUCAGUCCCGCCUCGCCGCUGCUUUCCACUUUUCCAACCUUCCAGCUGCCGUCCGAGCUCCGACGUCCGACCCAACCCAACCCAACCCAACCGAAAUAUCUCCCUCUCCCGCGCCGCCUCACGGCGACGCCCCUCCUCGCCUUCCGCCGCCUCCGCCUCCGCGUUCGCCCCCGCGCCGCCCCCAUCCCCAUGUCCGCCACUGCCUCCCCGCACACCUCCCUCCUCCACCUCCCCCACCGCCCGUUCGGGCCCAGGCGACCGAGGCUGACCCGCCUAAGGUGCCUCGCGUCGCUCGCGCCGGCGUCGUCGGGCGCUUCGCCGGAGAACGAGGACCACCUCAUACAAACGCUCUGCGCCCACGGGCGCCUCGCCCGGGCCGCGGCGCUCUUGCAGGGGCUUCCCGCGCCAACGCAGCGCACCUACGAGUCGCUCCUGCUCGCGGCCGCGCGGGCGGGGGACACCGCGCUCGCCGCGGCCGUGCACCGCAGGCUCGAGGCGGACCCGGUGUUCCGCUCGGACCCCUUCCUGUCGACCCGCCUCAUCGACGCCUAUGCUGCGCUCAGAGCGCUCCCGGCCGCGCGCCAGGUGUUCGACGAGGCGCCUGUGAAGAACAUCUUCGUGUGGAACGCGAUGCUCAAGGCGCUCGCGCUCGCCGACCAUGGAGAGGAGGCUCUCGCGUGCCUUUCUGACAUGGGCCGGGUCGGUGUCCCCGUCGACAGCUACAGCUACGCGCAUGGUCUUAAGGCCUGCAUUGCAGCGUCAGCAUCGCACGUGCCGGCCUCUGCCCGGGUACGGGAGAUGCACGCUCAUGCCAUCCGUCGCGGCUAUGGAUCACACACGCAUGUUGCCACCACUCUUAUUGAUUGCUACGCGAAGCUUGGGAUGGUCAGCUAUGCUGAGCGUGUGUUCGCUUCAAUGCCUGAUAGGAAUCUUGUGUCAUGGAGUGCCAUGAUUGGGUGCUAUGCCAAGAAUGAGCGUCCUGGUGAUGCGAUUCAGAUCUUUCAGGAGAUGAUGGCUUCUGAUGCAGACCUGGUACCAAACUCGAUCACAAUUGUUAGCGUCUUGCAUGCCUGUGCUGGGGUAAAUGCACUCGGUCAGGGCAAAGUACUUCAUGCAUAUAUCCUUCGGAGGGGUUUUGACUCACUUGUCUCAGUGCUGAAUGCACUGAUGGCAAUGUACAUGAAAUGUGGGUGCCUUGAGAUUGGGCGCUACAUCUUCAAUUGGAUAGGACGCAGAAGGAAUGUUGUGUCAUGGAAUUCACUUAUAUCUGGAUAUGGAAUGCAUGGCUUUGGUUCCGAGUCAAUCCAGGUGUUUGAAGAGAUGAUUCAGGAAGGCAUUUCGCCAAGUAUCAUCACAUUUAUCAGCGUACUUGGGGCUUGUAGCCAUGCUGGACUUGUGGAGCAGGGAAAGAAGCUAUUUGAAUCAAUGGUGGAGUACAAUGUCACACCUCGUGCUGAGCACUAUGCUUGCAUGGUUGACCUUCUUGGUCGUGCUGGGCGUCUGGAUGAAGCUGUGGAGCUGAUACAGAGCAUGCGCAUUCAACCAAGCCCUCAAGUUUGGGGCUCACUUCUUGGAGCUUGCAGAAUUCAUGGCCAUGUUGAGUAUGCUGAGAUGGCAUGCUCUCAUCUCUUUGAUCUUGAGCCCCGAAAUGCUGGAAACUAUGUUCUCCUGGCAGAUAUUUAUGCCCGAGCUAAGUUGCAGAACCAAGUUGAUGUACUAAAGGAGUUACUUGAGGAGCAUGCACUGGAGAAGGUGCCAGGCUGUAGCUGGAUAGAGGUGAAGAAGAAGCUGUACUCAUUUGCUUCAGUUGACAAGAACCCACAGGUGGAGGAGCUGCAAGCAUUGAUUGGUGAGUUUGUGACACAGAUGAAAAACGAGGGCUAUGUCCCUGACACAGGAUCAGUUCUGUAUGAUAUUGAAGAAGAGGAGAAGGAGAGGAUUUUGCUUGGCCACAGUGAGAAGUUGGCUGUUGCUUUCGGGCUUAUCAACACGGGCAGUGGAGAGGUUAUCAGGAUCACAAAGAACCUCAGGCUUUGUGAGGACUGUCAUUCAGUCACCAAGUUCAUCUCCAAAUUCACAAAUCGGGAGAUUGUUGUGAGGGACGUGAAUCGAUUUCACCACUUCAGGGAUGGAGUUUGCUCGUGCAGGGAUUACUGGUGAAGAUGCUGCAAACUCGUUUUAGUUACCUUUACUGAUUAUACUGGAUGAUAACUGAAGUAGGAGCUGUUGUUCCUUCAAACCAUUAUGUACAGCCUAACAUAUUUCAUUAGACUAGGCGUGGUUAUAGCUUUUCAGGAGGGGCCUCAAUCGAUUACCGAGUCUGGAGAAAAGUGGGAACUCAUACCUGACAAACAAUUUUGACACGCUUGUGAUGAUGCCCCAUGUUUAAAUGUAAAGAGAUCGAACUCGAGACAAGAAUGAGAAUCAAUGAUUAAUUGCUUUGUUGAUUUUGUUUGA